AGUGAGAAGUUAGUGGCGCUGCUGGGACGGGGGGGAAGGAGACGCUUCUUCCUCCUGCUGCUCCUCACCUUCCUGGGAUCAGCCGCGGCUGUGGCCGCGAGUGAUUCCGCGGCGUCUCCGGCUCCGCGUGCGAACCAUGCUGACGGACAGCGGGGGUGGCGGCACCUCCUUUGAGGAGGAUUUGGACUCCGUAGCUCCGCGAUCCGCCCCAGCUGGGGCCUCGGAGCCGCCUCCGCCGGGAGGGGUCGGGCUGGGAAUCCGCACCGUGAGGCUCUUUGGGGAGGCUGGGCCCGCGCCGGGAGUCGGUGGCGGUGGCGGUGGCGGCGGCGGCGGCGGCGGCGGCGGCAGCGCGGGCGGAGGGGACGCUGCGCUGGAUUUCAAGUUGGCGGCUGCUGUGCUGAGGACGGGCGGCGGAGGUGGUGCCUCUGGAAGCGACGAGGACGAGGUGUCCGAGGUUGAAUCAUUUAUUUUGGACCAAGAAGAUUUGGAUAACCCAGUCCUUAAAACGUCAGAGAUAUUCUUAUCAAGUACAGCAGAAGGAGCAGAUUUACGCACAGUGGAUCCAGAGACCCAAGCGAGACUGGAAGCAUUGCUAGAAGCAGCGGGAAUUGGCAAAUUGUCAACUGCUGAUGGUAAAGCUUUUGCAGAUCCCGAAGUACUCCGGAGACUGACGUCUUCAGUGAGCUGUGCACUGGAUGAAGCUGCUGCUGCACUGACACGGAUGAGAGCAGAGAACACACACAGCACAGGACAAGUGGACACUCGCAGUCUGGCAGAAGCUUGUUCAGAUGGAGAUGUGAAUGCUGUUCGCAAAUUGUUAGAUGAAGGCAGAAGUGUAAAUGAACAUACAGAAGAAGGAGAAAGCCUGCUGUGUUUGGCUUGUUCAGCAGGAUAUUAUGAACUGGCACAAGUGCUACUAGCUAUGCAUGCUAAUGUUGAAGAUCGCGGGAAUAAAGGAGAUAUAACUCCUUUGAUGGCAGCUUCCAGUGGAGGUUAUUUAGAUAUUGUGAAAUUAUUACUUCUCCAUGAUGCAGAUGUCAACUCCCAGUCAGCAACGGGGAAUACUGCACUAACUUAUGCCUGUGCCGGAGGGUUUAUUGACAUUGUAAAAGUGCUACUCAAUGAGGGUGCAAAUAUAGAAGACCAUAAUGAAAAUGGACACACACCCCUAAUGGAAGCAGCCAGUGCAGGUCAUGUGGAAGUUGCCAGAGUUCUUCUAGAUCACGGUGCAGGCAUCAACACUCAUUCUAAUGAGUUCAAAGAAAGUGCUCUAACACUUGCCUGCUACAAAGGCCAUUUGGAUAUGGUUCGAUUUCUGCUUGAAGCUGGUGCAGAUCAAGAGCAUAAAACCGAUGAGAUGCACACUGCCUUAAUGGAGGCUUGCAUGGAUGGACAUGUAGAAGUGGCACGUUUGCUUUUGGACAGUGGUGCUCAAGUGAAUAUGCCUGCAGAUUCCUUUGAGUCUCCUUUGACUCUAGCUGCUUGUGGGGGACAUGUUGAGUUGGCAGCACUGCUUAUUGAAAGAGGCGCGAAUCUUGAGGAAGUUAAUGACGAAGGAUACACACCCUUGAUGGAAGCUGCUCGGGAAGGGCAUGAAGAGAUGGUGGCACUGCUGUUGGCCCAAGGUGCAAAUAUAAAUGCCCAGACAGAAGAAACCCAAGAAACUGCUCUUACCUUGGCUUGCUGUGGAGGCUUUUCUGAAGUUGCAGAUUUCCUGAUUAAGGCAGGGGCUGAUAUAGAACUCGGCUGCUCCACACCUCUCAUGGAGGCUUCUCAAGAGGGACACCUGGAGUUGGUGAAAUAUUUGCUGGCUGCUGGUGCUAAUGUGCAUGCUACCACAGCAACAGGAGACACAGCUCUAACCUAUGCUUGUGAAAAUGGACAUACAGAUGUUGCAGAUGUUUUACUUCAAGCAGGGGCACAUUUAGAACAUGAAUCUGAAGGUGGAAGAACACCUUUGAUGAAGGCUGCAAGAGCUGGUCAUUUGUGCACUGUUCAGUUUCUUAUUAGCAAAGGUGCCAAUGUGAAUAGAGCUACAGCCAAUAAUGAUCACACAGUAGUGUCACUGGCAUGUGCAGGGGGCCACUUGGCGGUGGUUGAACUACUCUUGGCUCAUGGAGCUGACCCUACUCAUCGACUCAAGGAUGGAUCAACAAUGCUUAUUGAAGCUGCAAAAGGUGGCCAUACCAAUGUUGUUUCUUAUCUGUUGGAUUACCCAAAUAAUGUUCUGUCGGUUCCCACCACAGAUGUCUCUCAGCUUACCUCUCCUUCACAAGAUGAAUCUCAGGUCCCACGUGUACCCAUACACACACUUGCCACGGUUGUGCCUCCCCAGGAACCUGACAGAACUUCCCAGGAGACGUCUCCAGCCCUUUUAGGAGUACACAAAGGUGCAUCCAAGCAGAAGUCCAGUUCCCUGCAGGUAGCAGAUCAGGACCUACUGCCACCUUUUCACCCAUACCAGCCUUUGGAGUGCAUAGUAGAGGAGACUGAAGGCAAGCUGAAUGAACUGGGACAAAGAAUUAGUGCUAUUGAAAAAGCACAGCUUAAGUCGUUGGAGUUAAUUCAAGGUGAGCCUCUGAACAAGGAUAAGAUAGAAGAACUUAAAAAGAACAGAGAAGAACAAGUACAGAAGAAGAAGAAAAUACUGAAAGAACUGCAGAAAGUGGAAAGGCAAUUGCAGAUGAAAACACAGCAGCAGUUUACCAAAGAAUACUUGGAAGCCAAAGGUCAGAGAGACACAGAGUCUCCACACCAGCAGUGCUCUCAUAGAGGAGUCUCCGUGGCAGGGGAAGAAGAAGGCAGUCUCCCAGAGGAUCACUCUUCAGAAUCACCCCAGGUUGAUACAGUCUUAUUUAAAGAUCAUGGUAUUGGUGAUGAGCAACAGUCUCCACCAUCAGCAGAACAAAUUGAUUUUGUCCCAGUCCAGCCUCUAUCAUCUCCACAAUGUAACUUUUCCAGUGACUUAGGUUCUAAUGGGACAAAUUCUCUUGUGCUUCAGAAAGUAUCAGGUAACCAGCAGAUCAUAGGACAGCCUCAGAUUGCUAUUGCUGGACAUGAGCAGGGGCUGUUAGUACAAGAGCCAGAUGGACUCAUGGUUGCAACUCCAGCCCAGACGCUUACCGACACUCUUGAUGACCUGAUAGCAGCUGUGAGUACCAGAGUGCCUGCUGGUUCAAGCAAUCCCUCUCAGACCACAGAAUGUCCUACACCCGAAUCCUGUUCUCAGACUCCAAGCAAUAUGGUUUCCCCAUCCAUGCCCCCUGUGUAUCCUUCUGUUGACAUUGACGCACAUACUGAAAGCAAUCAUGACACAGCUUUAACACUGGCCUGUGCAGGUGGUCAUGAAGAACUUGUAUCUGUUCUCAUUGCGCGAGAUGCUAAAAUUGAGCACAGAGACAAAAAAGGUUUUACUCCACUGAUCCUGGCGGCAACAGCAGGGCAUGUUGGAGUUGUUGAAAUCCUUUUGGAUAAAGGUGGAGAUAUAGAGGCACAAUCUGAGCGAACUAAGGAUACUCCACUUUCUUUGGCAUGUUCUGGUGGACGUCAAGAGGUGGUAGAUUUGCUGCUGGCCCGAGGAGCCAAUAAAGAACAUAGGAAUGUGUCUGAUUAUACACCACUGAGUCUGGCUGCAUCUGGAGGAUACGUGAAUAUUAUUAAGAUUUUGCUUAAUGCUGGGGCAGAAAUUAAUUCAAGGACUGGGAGUAAACUAGGUAUUUCUCCUCUGAUGUUGGCUGCAAUGAAUGGACAUGUUCCUGCAGUGAAAUUGCUGCUUGAUAUGGGUUCAGAUAUUAAUGCACAAAUAGAGACCAAUCGGAACACAGCUCUCACGCUGGCCUGUUUCCAGGGCCGAGCAGAAGUAGUGAGUUUGCUUUUGGACCGCAAAGCCAAUGUUGAACAUAGGGCAAAGACUGGUCUUACCCCCUUGAUGGAAGCAGCUUCUGGAGGAUAUGCAGAGGUUGGAAGAGUUCUCCUUGAUAAAGGAGCAGAUGUCAAUGCUCCUCCUGUGCCUUCCUCAAGAGACACGGCUUUGACAAUAGCAGCAGACAAAGGCCACUACAAAUUCUGUGAGCUCCUGAUUAACAGGGGGGCCCAUAUUGAUGUUCGUAACAAGAAGGGAAAUACACCACUUUGGCUGGCAUCCAAUGGUGGUCAUUUUGAUGUAGUACAAUUGCUAGUACAAGCAGGUGCUGAUGUGGAUGCAGCAGACAACCGAAAAAUCACACCUCUUAUGUCAGCAUUUCGCAAGGGUCAUGUAAAAGUUGUUCAGUAUUUGGUGAAGGAAGUCAAUCAGUUUCCAUCUGAUAUAGAAUGUAUGAGAUACAUAGCAACAAUCACAGAUAAGGAACUGCUGAAAAAGUGUCACCAAUGUGUUGAGACGAUUGUGAAGGCUAAAGACCAACAGGCUGCAGAAGCAAAUAAAAAUGCAAGCAUUCUGCUAAAAGAACUCGAUCUGGAAAAGUCAAGAGAAGAGAGCAGAAAGCAAGCUCUUGCAGCUAAAAGAGAGAAGAGAAAAGAAAAGAGAAAAAAGAAAAAAGAGGAGCAGAAAAGGAAACAGGAAGAUGAGGAGAACAAACCUAAGGAGAAUUCAGAACAACCAGAGGGUGAAGAUGAAGAGGAGAAUGAUGAAGAUGCGGAGCAAGAAAUUCCCAUAGAGCCUCCGAGUGCAACCACUACCACCACAAUUGGAAUCUCUGCUACAUCUGCCACGUUCACAAAUGUAUUUGGGAAAAAAAGAGCCAAUGUAGUGACAACCCCCAGCACCAAUCGGAAAAAUAAGAAGAAUAAGACAAAAGAGUCCCCUUCCAUGGCACAUUUAAUUUUACCUGAACCACAUAUGUCCUUAGCAGAACAAAAAGCAGAUAAAAACAAAAUCAAUGGAGAACCUAGAGGUGGUGGCACAGGUGGAAACAGUGACUCGGAUAACUUAGACAGCACAGACUGCAACAGUGAGAGCAGCAGUGGUGGGAAAAGCCAAGAGUUGAACUUCACUGUGGACGUGAAUUCCACCAGUGACAGAAGGGGCCCCACAGUUCUCAGUUCCCAAGAAGAAAAGACGGUGCCUGCCACUUCCAAGACUCAGACACGCCUUGAAGGUGAAGUGAAUUCUAAUUCCUUAUCAGCAAGCUACAAGUCAUUGCCAUUAAGCUCUCCAACCAUGAAAAUGAAUCUCACUAGUCCUAAAAGGGGUCAAAAACGAGAAGAAGGGUGGAAAGAAGUUGUUAGAAGGUCAAAGAAAUUAUCUGUUCCAGCCUCAGUGGUGUCCAGAAUAAUGGGAAGAGGAGGAUGCAACAUUACAGCAAUACAAGAUGUUACUGGUGCCCAUAUUGAUGUGGAUAAACAAAAAGAUAAGAAUGGAGAGAGAAUGAUUACAAUAAGGGGUGGUACAGAAUCAACAAGAUAUGCGGUUCAACUUAUCAAUGCACUUAUUCAAGAUCCUGCAAAGGAACUAGAAGACUUGAUUCCUAAAAACCAUAUCAGGACACCUGCCAGCACCAAAUCCAUUCAUACAAACUUCUCAUCUGGAGUAGGCACUGCAGCAACUUCCAACAAGAAUGCAUUUCCCUUGGGUGCUCCAGCUCUUGUAACAUCACAGGCAACAACAUUAUCUACCUUCCAGCCCACUAAUAAACUUAGUAAGAAUGUGCCAACAAAUGUACGAUCUCCUUUCCCAGUUUCUCUUCCCUUAGCUUAUCCUCAUCCUCAUUUUGCUCUGCUGGCCGCUCAAACUAUGCAACAGAUUCGGCAUCCUCGCUUACCCAUGGCACAGUUUGGAGGCACCUUCUCACCUUCACCUAACACUUGGGGACCAUUUCCAGUGAGACCUGUGAAUCCUGGCAAUACAAAUAGUUCUCCAAAGCAUAAUAAUGCAUCCCGUCUACCUAACCAGAAUGGACCUGUUUUACCAUCAGAAUCUCCUGGACUAGCUACUGCCAAUUGUCCUAUCACUGUCUCUCCUGUGGUUGCUGCCAGUCAGCAACUAUGUAUGACGAAUCCUCGGACUCCUUCAUCAGUCAGAAAGCAGUUGUUUGCUUGUGUGCCUAAGACCAGUCCUCCAGCAACAGUGAUUUCCUCUGUGACAAGCACUAGUAGCUCCUUGCCUCCUGUCUCCUCCACGUCUACCACUAGUGGACAAGUUACCACCACAUUUAUGCCUACAACUACUCCUCAAGUACAACUUUCUUCACAAAAGACAGAGUCUUUCUCUGCCAUACCACCUCCCAAAGAGAAAGUGUCCACACAGGAGCAGCCCUUGACAAACCUAUGUACACCAUCUCCAACUGCAAACAGUUGUAAUAGCUCUGCCAGCAACACCUCAGGAGCUCCAGAAACUCGCCCAUCCAGUAGUCCUACUCCUCCCUCCAAUAAUACACAACAGGAGGGACAGCCACCCAAUGUGUCUGAUUUAAAUCCUAUGUCAAUGCCUUUUGCCUCUAACUCAGAACCUGCUCCAUUGACUUUGGCAUCACCUAGAUUGGUCACUGCUGAUAAUCAGGACACUGGUAAUUUACCUCAGUUAGCUGUACCUGCACCUCGAGUUUCUCAUCGAAUGCAGCCCAGAGGUUCUUUUUACUCAGUGGUACCAAAUGCAACUAUACACCAGGAUCCCCAGUCGAUUUUCGUUACCAAUCCUGUUCCUUUAACACCACCUCAAGGCCCACCAGCUGCAGUGCAGCUUUCAUCAGCUGUGAACAUUAUGAAUGGUUCUCAGAUGCACAUAAACCCAGCAAAUAAGUCUUUGCAACCUCCAUUUGGCCCAGCCACACUUUUUAAUCAUUUCAGUAGUCUCUUUGAUAGCAGUCAGGUGCCAGCUAACCAAGGGUGGGGAGAUGGUCCACUGCCCUCAAGAGUUGCUGCAGAUGCCUCUUUCACUGUUCAGUCAGCUUUCCUGAGUAACUCUGUACUUGGACACUUGGAAAAUGUACACCCUGACAACUCCAAGGCACCUGGCUUCAGACCACCUCCCCAGAGGGUUUCUACCAGUCCAGUUGGGCUGCCAUCCAUUGACCCCUCAGGGAGCUCCCCAUCUGCUGCUGCUCCUCUGACAAGUUUCUCAGGCAUACCAGGGACAAGGGUUUUCCUGCAAGGGCCAGCACCUGUCGGGACUCCUAGUUUCAACAGACAACAUUUUUCUCCCCAUCCUUGGACAAGCACCUCAAACACAAGUGACUCUCCUAUUCCAUCUGUUUCUUCGGGAUCAUCUUCACCUCUUUCAGCCACUUCUGCACCACCAACAUUGGGCCAACAACCCAAAGGAAACAAUGCCAGUCAGGAUCGAAAGAUACCUCCUCCUAUUGGAACAGAGAGGCUGGCCAGGAUUCGGCAAGGAGGAUCUGUUGCCCAAGCCCCUGUAGGGACCAGUUUUGUUGCUCCUGUUGGACACAGUGGGAUCUGGUCAUUUGGUGUCAAUGCUAUGUCAGAAGGCUUAUCAGGUUGGUCACAGUCUAUGAUAGGGAACCAUCCAAUUCAUCAACAAUUAUCAGAUCCAAGCACAUUCUCCCAGCAUCAACCAAUGGAGAGAGAUGAUUCUGGAAUGGUAGCUCCCUCUAACAUUUUUCACCAGCCUAUGGGUCUGCCGAUUUCCAUGUAUGGAGGUACCAUUAUACCCUCUCAUCCUCAGCUUGCUGAUGUUCCAGGGGGCCCACUGUUCAACGGACUUCACAACCCAGAUCCUGCUUGGAACCCUAUGAUAAAAGUUAUCCAGAAUUCAACUGAAUGCACUGAUGCCCAGCAGGCCAGUGUGCUUUCUUCAGUCCCUGCUCUCAAGGGGGAAAUUCCAUCACCUCAGCUAACCAGACCAAAGAAGAGAGUUGGACAACCAAUGGUGGCCUCUCCUAACCAGAGGCACCAGGAUCAUCUACGACCGAAAGUUCCUGCUGGAGUGCAAGAACUCACCCAUUGCCCGGACGCCUCCCUGCUGCCUCCCUCAGAUUCCCGGGGUCACAACUCCCCCAGCAGUCCCACCCUCCAAGCUGGAGUUGCUGAAGGAACAGAAGCAGACAGAGGAAGAGAUAACCGAUGACGAACAAUUUGAAAUGGACAUGUGAUCCAAUGCAAGUUGACCUGUGUGGAGUUACAGAAGGAUCCCUUAUGCCACUGUUGCUACCACCUCUUCUAGGGUAUCCAAGGGCCAGCUGGCCUCAUCUAAUCUGGAAGAGUGACUUGUUGGUUCUGGGCUUCCUUUAGUUCUGAGGCAGCUGGACCAGGGAUAGCAGUGGGCACUUGCCAAGCCCUUAGAUUUCUCUGGUCUAUACAUAUUCCUCCCAAACCCUGGCCCUCCCCUCAGGGUUGGCACUGGGGAACAGAGUAUGUCACCUUCUGGCUGCUUAGUAAAAAUUCAACUCAA